CGCUAUUAAAGCACAGCGUUUACGCGCGGCAGCCAAUCGUUUACGGACAGCCGUACACAUCGGAGCUCCUCCGUUUUAAUGCUGCUUAACCUCUACCUUGAUAAACCGUGAUUCACGAGAAAUUUUAUUCCCGGAGAAAGAGAACCAGAAGAUCGCAGAGGGGUGGCGAGUGGAAGAGAAGGAGAAGAAUGAUGAAAGGAGGGAUGAGAGCGGAUCAUUCCAGCUGGCCGCUCCUGCUGCUCUAGUAGAGGGGUAGAGAGAGGAGGGGUGGGGGAGAUGGCACAACGCCUCAGCGUCCGAAACACACGGGAGUGGUGCGCCACCGAGACCCGAGCAGCAUCACCGCAUCUCUGCCUCUCCUCCUCCGGCACGGCAGCACCUCAGGCUGGGGUUGAGAGUCUGACUAAGCCCUAAGGAUGCAAGUUGUUUUCAAUCAGCUCUGAAGUUACCAGCUGUGCCCUUACAUUCCCCAGGGUGGCACAACCUAGAUAUUAAUCAUCACUUGCUCCGCCUGUGUGUGUGAUUCCUCCAUGAGGACUUGAGAGUACCUCAGCUGCAUUUCAACUCCUCAAGCAAGACCUCUCUUUUUUGGAAAUCUGGUGCAACUCUCUUCUUUACCUGCCAUGGUGACAUGACAUACAGAAGUGGCUUUGCUUCUGUCCUGCACACAUUGACAGUCUCUUGGGUUUUUUAACCACCCAACUCCUGGGUGUGCUCUCUCUACAGACUUCUGCAGACUCAACAAAAAGACCUCUACUUUUGUGGUGCACAAUAAACCCCCUGACUCGCGAUGACAGUGGCUGUGCGAUUCCGUCGCCACUUACGUAGGCUUCUGUUCUUACUGGCCUCCUGCUGCCUCCUUUCUCUUCUCCUUUCAGCCUAUUUUCUUUUUACAAACUCCUCCCCUUCCAUGCAACUCGGACAAUCCGCUGAGCCUGCCUGCUCCCAGCCUCUCUCCAUGUCUCCAUACCGCCAACUACCAUACCCCUACCCUCCUAACCCCCCUCACACACAUGUGCACACUGACCCGGUAGUUCUGGUGCUGGUGGAGUCACAGUACUCCCAGCUUGGUCAGGACAUUGUGGCUAUAUUGGAGUCAACUCAUUUCCAGUUCCGCAUGGAGAUUGCCUCAGGAAAGGGUGACCUUCCACCGCUGACAGAAAAGGGCCGUGGACGAUAUGCACUCAUCAUUUAUGAGAAUCUAUUAAAGUAUGCAAAUGCAGAUACAUGGAACAGACAGCUGUUGCAUCAAUAUUGUACUGAGUACAGAGUUGGCAUCAUAGGCUUCUACCGUUCCACUGAGAAUUCCCCAUCUGUCCUAAAACUCAGAGGCCUACCGCUGGUGCUUAGGACCAACCAAGUUCUAUGGGACUGUUGUGUGGUGUCCAGCUCACCUCUUCUUCACCUGACCAAACCUGGCACAGAUCGAGGGGCCUUACCUGGGGAGGACUGGACCUCAUUCUCCUCUAAUCACUCCACAUACCAGGCUGUGCUGCAUGCGCGGGCUAAGGAGGGAACAGGGACCGGCAGCGGUGAUAAUCCAGGGCCUGGUUUCAGUCUCAGCCUCCAGGCCACAGUGGUGCAGGACAUGGGACUUUAUGAUGGGGUGAGGCGAGUGCUCUUUGGCCAGGGACUAAGCUACUGGCUCCACAGACUCAUCCUGGUGGAUGCUAUUUCCUACCUCACAGACAGGAAGCUUACUUUGGGUCUGGACCGGCACAUACUGGUGGAUAUCGAUGACAUUUUUGUUGGCAAAGAGGGCACACGCAUGAACGUCAAGGAUGUGAAGGCUCUCCUUGAUACCCAGAAACAGCUACGUUCCUUUAUCCAUAACUUUACCUUCAAUCUGGGUUUCUCUGGAAAAUUCUACCACACAGGGACACCAGAAGAGGAUGAGGGAGAUGAUCUACUGCUGAAGUAUGUAGAUGAGUUUUGGUGGUUCCCCCACAUGUGGAGUCACAUGCAGCCUCACCUCUUUCACAAUGAGUCCUCCCUGCUGGAGCAGAUGGUCCUCAACAAGGAGUUUGCUCUGGAGCAUAACAUCCCAGUGGACAUGGGUUAUGCCGUGGCCCCUCACCACUCUGGCGUCUACCCGGUUCAUCUGCAGCUGUAUGAGGCAUGGAGACGUGUGUGGAACAUCCGAGUAACUAGCACUGAGGAGUAUCCCCACCUCAAACCUGCCCGCUACCGCAAGGGCUUCAUCCACAACAACAUAAUGGUGCUUCCUCGUCAGACUUGUGGCUUGUUUACUCACACCAUCUACUAUAAGGAAUACCCCGGUGGACCUAAAGAACUGGACAAAAGCAUCCAUGGGGGAGAGCUGUUCCUCACUGUGCUACUCAACCCAAUAAGCAUAUUCAUGACCCACCUGUCUAACUAUGGCAACGAUCGACUGGGUCUUUACACGUUUGUCCACCUGGCCUCCUUCCUUCGCUCAUGGACAAACCUGAAGCUCUAUACGCUCCCACCUCUCCAGCUUGCGCACAAAUAUUUUCAGCUUUUUCCUGAACAAAGGAACCCACUCUGGCAGAACCCGUGUGAUGACAAACGACAUAAAGACAUCUGGUCUAAAGAGAAAACCUGUGACAGGUUGCCCAAAUUCAUGGUUGUAGGACCACAGAAAACAGGAACGACAGCACUUUAUCUCUUCCUACUCAUGCAUCCCUCCAUCUCCAGCAACUUCCCUAGCCCAAAGACUUAUGAGGAGGUCCAGUUCUUCAACACCAACAACUACCACAAAGGAAUUGACUGGUACAUGGAGUUUUUCCCGGUGCCCUCUAAUAUUAGCACGGACUUCCUGUUUGAGAAGAGUGCCAACUACUUCCCCUCAGAGGAGACCCCACGGCGAGCUGCUGUCCUGCUGCCCAAGGCCAAGAUCAUCACCCUGCUCAUCAACCCCUCUGACAGAGCUUACAGCUGGUAUCAACAUCAAAGAGCUCACGAGGACCAGGCAGCCCUGCAGUUCACCUUCUAUGAUGUCAUCAGUGCAAGAAAGGGAGCGCCUGCAGAGCUGCGCUCCCUGCAGAGCCGCUGCCUCAUCCCUGGUCUCUAUGCUACACACUUAGAGAGGUGGCUGACGUACUAUCCUGCUAACCAGGUGAUGAUUAUAGACGGCCAUCAGCUAAGAACUGACCCUGCAACGGUGAUGGAUGAAGUACAGAAGUUCUUGGGUGUCACUCCUCAUUUCAACUACUCCCAGGCUCUUACCUUUGACCCCCAGAAAGGCUUCUGGUGUCAGCUUCUUGAGGGUGGAAGGACAAAAUGUUUGGGAAAAAGCAAAGGAAGGAAGUACCCUCCUAUGGAGCCGGAGGCUCGAGCAUAUCUCUCCAGGUACUACAGAGACCACAAUGUGGAGCUGUCAAAGCUGCUACAUCGCCUCGGACAACCUCUACCAUCUUGGCUAAGAGAGGAGCUGCAGAAGAUAACCUUUGCGUCCAUGAACCAGGGUUAAAGAUCAAGACGCUGGCGAUGAGGAGGCGACCAGGAGCACCUGACUAUCAGAUGCACUGUCUGCAGUCUUUUAACGUGCCCUGAGGUGAAGAAAAGGACAGGAUGCCUUGUCUCACCCAUGAGCUGUGAUACUGCUGAAUGGAGCAGAGGUCAUGAUAGCUCUAAAACAGUUUGUGAGCUGGAACUGGAUGGAUGGAUGGAUGGAUGGAUGGAUGGAUGGAUGGAUGGAUGGAUGGAUGGAUGGAUGGAUGGAUGGAUGGAUGGAUGGAUGGAUGCUAAAAAUGUCAAAGACAGCUCUGAAUAACAGUGAGGCUAAAAGUUAGCGUCACAUUAUAACGAUGCAAAGGAUUAUGGGAGACGAUGAGGAUUUGGCGUCUUUGAUGCACAAACCCUGUUCUGAACUGACUCUCAUGCAGACCUGCAGUGACUUUGAUUGUUAUUCAUCUUUGGUUUAUUUUCUUAUUUAACUUAUGUUGCCAGAGCAGCGCUGGUCAGCUGUGUGUGGUUCCCAUAGAGAUGACUUUGCACUAAGUUCUGUUCCACGUAUCUUCAAGACAAACAAAAGAAAAACAAACAAACAAAAAGCCUCACACCUUUAUGGUUUGUAUUUGUCCCUUAUUGAGUUUUGGUUUUUUUGGAAUUUUGUCACAAUUAAAGAAUAACAAGGUGAGAUAAGUGCAUGGACUCAGGGUGAUUGACAAGCUGUUACCUUUCGUUAUGGGCUCUUAUUUUUGUAAAUUAUUUUUUUAAGUGAAACUAGUUUCUGGUAGAUCUGGUAGCCUUGUUCACCCUUUCAAGAUGUCACGUGACACUUCCACUGGAGGUUUAAACUGGAAAUGAGUAACUGAAGCAAAAAUCCCUGCUAAUCCUUAUACUCUGGGUUAAUCAUGCAAAAGAUGUGUUUAUCUAAUAGAGCAUGAUCUCAGUUCUACAAACAGAGGAGAUGUGAAUUUGUGAAAGUAAAAUGACCAAAAUCAUCUUCAGAUAAUUUCCAGAUUUUUUAAGAUCCCUUAGAAACUGAUGAAACUGCAGGUAAGUUUUGUUUUGUCAGUGUUUCAUUCAAGUCUCAGCAUUCUUAAUUUCCUUUUUCAAUCCAGUGGCCUCUGUUGUUUAGCUUCAGUUUGAAUGCAAAGAACCCUAUAUGUCAAACACAAAAACCAAAAUUAAAGAAAUGCAUACGACUGA